UGUGAGCCGAGCCGAGCUAACGGGCAAACGAGUGAGACCCGAGCCAUAUCGUGACGGGCCGCUUUUGACGUCGCCACAUGACCUCCGCCAGCUAAACUUAGCAGCGCCUAGCAGCGCUCUCGCUCGCUCGCUCGCCUCCCCCUCUUCCUAGCAGCGUUGUUUUUCGGCGGAGCCAGCAUGGCCACCAGCGGCUACUCCGACCUGCGCGACAAGCUCCGCUCGAUGCCGCCGCACCGGGACGAGCACCGGACAAGCAACGGCAGCACGGGGCGAAAGCGGCGUCGCCGCGAGUCCGACGACGACGAGUGCGAUCACAGCGACGACAGCGGCGAGCACCGCGAGCAGGAGGCCCACCGGGUGCGCAGCAGCGUCCUCCAGAAGAGCAUCUUCACGCCGGAGGAGUGUGCUCGCAUCGAGGAGAAGAUCGACGACGUGGUGGCCAAGGCGGAGGCCGGACUGUACCGCGAGCACACGGUGGACCGCGCGCCGCUGCGCAACAAGUACUUCUUCGGCGAGGGCUACACGUACGGGGCGCAGCUGGAGAAGCGCGGUCCGGGCCAGGAGAGGCUCUACCGCAAGGGGCAGGUGGACGACAUCCCGAGCUGGGUGCACGAGCUGGUCAUCCAGCGCCUGGUGUCCGCUGGCGUCGUCCCGGAGGGCUUCGUCAACAGCGCCGUCAUCAACGACUACCAGCCGGGCGGCUGCAUCGUGUCCCACGUGGACCCGCUGCACAUCUUUGCGCGGCCCAUCGUCUCCGUGUCCUUUUUCAGCGACAGCGCGCUCUGCUUCGGAUGCCGCUUCCAGUUCAAGCCCAUCCGGGUGUCCGAGCCCGUCUUUGUGCUGCCCGUCCACCGCGGCAGUGUCACCGUCCUCAGUGGCUACGCCGCUGAUGACAUCACACACUGCAUCAGACCUCAGGACAUCAAGGAGCGGCGAGCCGUCAUCAUCCUGAGGAAAACCAGACCCGACGCCCCCAGACUGGACUCUGACAGCCCUUUACGUUCGGCCCCGGUGGAGCGGGCGCCCCCCCUCAAAGCCAAGCGCUCGCAUCGAAGGGCCGACCCGGACGCAGCUCACAGGCCACGCGUGCUGGAGAUGGACAAGGAGGAGAACCGGCGGUCGUCCGGCCAACGGCGUCACAGCUCGUCUUCGGACGACUACAGGAAGCGCGACGCCGACUACGACAAACAUCGCGAGAGCUCGUCGCGCAAAGUCAAAAUGCGGCGUCACUGAGGGCCCACCCGUUUUCUUUUGACUCGUCUCUCGCGGGAGAGCUGUUACUGUCUGAAGAUGUACAUACUUUGGAAAGCUGCUUGUACAUAAGGAAAGCGGAGCUGUACAAAUAACACUUGUCUUAGUCUUGAA